GAAAACUAAUAAUUCCCAAAUUCUAAAAUUAUAUUCCCAAAUCCUCCCAAACGAUUCCCAAAUGAAUGGAAAUAGUUUGAGUGAAAAAUAACAAUUUUACCUGCUAACUAUACGGAGCUGUAAUUGUUCGCUAUAAAAAGUAUAUCCCGGAUACAAUGUAUUUUUUUGGUCUUUGUGUAAUAUUUUUGGGCAUAUUUACCUUAACAGUAAAUGGACAACGACCGCCAGCAAUUUCGAAUAUUUCGCAUGAACAAAUUAAAGAAAUUGGAGGUACCGCCGAAUUAUAUUGUUCGGUUCAGUAUGCACAAGAGUAUCCAGUUUUGUGGAUUAAAUAUGAUCAUUUAAAAUCGCAAGAAGUAUUACCGAUUUCAUCGGGUAGUGCUUUAAUUAUAAGAGAUUCUCGACUCGCAUUACGUUAUGAUACAGCUAGUUCUACGUAUACGUUGCAAAUUAAAGAUAUACAAGAAACGGAUGCUGGAGUUUAUGAAUGUCAGAUUAUCCUUUCAAAAAGUAAUAAAAUAUCAGCUAAAGUGGAAUUACAUAUUGGUCGUAAACCAAUUAUUCACGAUAAUUCAACUAAGUCAAUAAUUGUAUCUGAAGGACAACCUGUUCAAAUGGAGUGUUUUGCUGAUGGUUAUCCAUCUCCAAAAAUAUCAUGGCGUCGUCAAAAUAAUGAAAUUUUACCAACUGGUGGAAGUAUCUAUCGUGGCCAAAUUUUAAAAAUUACGGCAAUUCGUAAAGAAGAUGGUGGUACGUAUUAUUGUGUUGCUGAAAAUGGAGUCGGCAGAAGUGCAAAACGUGCUAUUGAGGUUCAUGUUGAAUCAGCUCCUGAAAUUAUUGUAUCUAAUUCAAGUUUAAGCCAAGCAUUGCAGUACGACAUGCAUUUACAAUGUCAUAUAAUCGCAUACCCUCCUCCGGCUGUUGUUUGGUUAAAAGAUGGUCAACAGCUACCAUACGAUGGUCCACAUUACAGAAUAUCACAUUUUUCCACUGAAGAUAACACUCUAGAUACAAUUUUACGAGUAAUGAAGAUUGAAAAGCAGCACUUUGGUAAAUAUGUAUGUAAGGCAACAAAUAAUCACGGAUCUAGUGAAGCUACUAUAGAAUUAUCUGAGUCUACGAAUCCUGUAUGCCCGCCAGCCUGUGGAAAUUAAAAUAGAAUCAGAAA